AUGGCCGGCCAACAGCAAAGUCCAGGCUCAGGGCCCGGAGAAUACCGGAUGUUCAAUUUGCAAUAUGCCCAGACCCUCUCUUUGGGGCCUCAACGACCCCUAAUCUCGAAUCAAAACAUGGGAGAGCUCAUAGCUCGCAACCAUAAGUUUAAAAAAGGCUUCGAACCCAAGGUUGCGCAUAAUCAUACGCCGUCAGAUGAAAAAGAGUCAAUUAAGCACUUUGUUGCCGCUCCAGACGGCCUCAGUACUACUGGAUCAAUAUAUUCAAGUCUGUAUCAAGAGGGCGAAUUCCGUCUCCUUGCCAUUCUCCCCGGCACCGACGAUACCCCAAUCCGAUGCCGGUUGCACGUUUGCUCCUUGGGCGACAAUCACGACACCUAUGAAGCGCUCUCUUACUGCUGGAGGGCAGAAUCAGAAAGUGAUUGGAGUGUUGAGUACCCCACGAUCGAAUGUAACGGGGUUGAGAUGCCUAUAGGCGUCAACUUGCAUCUCGCUCUGCGUCGAAUACGUCGCCCAGGCUCUACGCGCGUGGUAUGGGCUGAUGCUAUUUGCAUUGACCAGAGCAAUCUCGUCGAGCGAAGUCAACAGGUUGCUGCUAUGGGUGACAUAUUUCGAAACGCCUUUAGGGUUCUCGUUUGGCUUGGUCCAGAUGGGGAUGACGAUCCCCUCAAGUCCACAGCCUCACAGGCACUCGUCAGCGUUUGUUCGAUUGUUUCCACAUGGGCGACACCAACCGACCGCCCGGUCAAUGUUGAAAAUGCCCGGUAUCGAAUCCAGGGACUGGCUCAAGAUUUUCACGGCGAGGGACCCUUGUCGCAAGACAGUCCAGUCUGGCUCCAGGCUUUAGCCCUCUACAAGACGCGAUGGUUCCAACGUCUGUGGGUAGUCCAAGAAAUCGCCUUGGCACAACGAGCUACUGUGAUUUGGGGAAAAUGCGAAAUGUCGUGGCAAUGGAUCGGUCUCGCUGCCGCAGUAAUUCGAACCAACUGGCACCGUAUUGUACCCAACCACUCCAACAGAAGCGGCGUGUCAGACAGACAAGUACCCAUUGGUGUGAUGAACGCGUACUUUAUGUACAGGAUCUCCCGCUCCCAAGACUAUCUCAAGCCUCUUUUGUUUUCUUUCUGCGAGCUACUUACAUUGACUCGACAGUUUGGGUGUCAGGAGAAGCGGGACAAGAUCUUCGGACUGCUCGGUCUAGCUACUACGGAUGGUGUCAACUCACUAAUUGCUCCCGACUACACGAACUCUCUAGGGGAAGUUUACCGAAAUUUGGCGCGUCUUAUGAUCAGCUCCAAGAAUCCUCUGGCUAUCUUAUCUCACAUUCAUCACACCGAGAUCUUUGACCACCCUGGACAUGAUGUUUACGCGUACGAUCACGACUAUUCACCGCAGGCCGGGUCGGCCAGAGUCACGCCUUUCAAAGAUUCAUGGAUCCCGAGAUGGGAUGUCAAGGGACCACAGACACUGACGCCUCUGGACGCACAUCCGGAUUUUGCAGCCGGUUUAUCUCAACCAGCUCAGAUCCGAGACGGCGUUCAAGGCGACCGACUCACAGUCCGAGGGAUUAUCAUUGAUGGUGUGAAACAUAAGCUCUGGAUGAACACUCAAUACUUCAAACAGCAACAAUCAUUCGCUUGGGAGCAAACGCCAGGUCUUAGGGAAAUCCUAGAGCGAGGCGGCCACACACGACACAGUUUGGAGAGGCUGGCUCUGACCCUGACGGCGGGCAAGAGUUGGUACGAUGACAAGGAAACCAGAAGUGGGAACAACUCUGGAAACCAGGACGAUACUGCAGGUCUUUCUCCAGCGGGAGAAUUCAUCACAAUGUCCGAAUUAGAAGAGCUGGCUACAGAAGGAAAUGGUCCUCUCUUCCUGGAUGCAGUAACCACGGCCUGUGUCGGGAGAUGUCUCUUCUCGACUGGAUCUCACAUGGGAGGUGUCGGACCGCUUGACACGCGACCUGGGGAUAUGGUCUGUAUCAUCUACGGUGCAGCUGUGCCGUUUGUUAUUCGACCAUAUGAGGAUAAACAAUGGUAUACGCUCGUGGGCGAAUGCUAUGUUCAGCAUCUCAUGCAUGGGGGAGUAAUAGGUGACGAGAGGUACAAGGGGACUUGGAUCGAGUUAGUCUAG